GGAAGAAUGGUGAGGUGCUGCUCAGUUGGCGCAUGACACCCGGAAGUUAAUGGUUACGUAAUUUUUACACGUCUCAGAAGUUCUUUAUGCCUGGUCACCUCGGCGGCUUCUUUCGGGAAGAACUGAAAAUAGCGAAAUUGGAAUUGGAGCCGCAGUCGUGUCUGAACGGAACAUAUAUAUCUAUCGAGUUCUGUCAUCUUGCCGAAACUGUAUCAUAUGGCUGAAGGCGCCAUAACAGGAGCAGUGGAACUAAAUCCAAAUUCUGCCGAGUUUGUUCCACAAGAGAAGCAGAGCCACCACCAGUCUGGAAGAGUGCUGAAUAGGGAGGAUUACAACUGCAGCAGGAGUAGCCAGUAUGCUGGUUCCCUUCCGCAGCGUCGCAAUGAUUCGAUGGGCUCAAUCAGCUGCCAGACUUUCUACCGUCGUGACGGCGGAAGAGGAAGGGGAAGAGGCGGCGGCAGAGGCACAAGCAUUUCGGGUCGCCACAACUUUCAGAGGGAGAGGCAAAUGAGACCUGAGAGUGGAGGGAGAUUUCAAGAGGAGCGUUUCAAAGGCAGCUGUGCGGCAGAAAGCCCAGUGGCCGAAAGGCCCCGUAUAGAUGGGCCCAGCUGGAGAAGGGAGGACAGGAGAGGAAUUGGCAACAGAGGAUCCUAUGAAAACCACAAAGAUGCACAAGCAAGGAAAGAAAAAUUCAGGCACGAGCCCAAAGGAAGUUUGAAUGACGAGCAUCUUGCACACCGUAGAGAGAAAGAAGGCAAUUCCGUCGCAGAGGGAGAUUUUGAUUCUAUUAGAGACAUAGAAUCAGCAGUCCAGCCAGAACCAGGAUGGAGGAAUAAGAAAGGAUGGAGAGAACACGAUCGCAACACUCCCGUUGACUCUAGGAACAAGGAUCUACCUCCUAGACAGCGGUGGAAAGGUGGAAAGGACCUUCCUCGGGCAGAGCAGAGACCCUUGGGUGGACAAGACUCUCAUGGCUCUGAUUCUUCUCCUUGCGAUACAGUGGCUUCAGGUGAAUGUGAGGCCUUCACAAAAAGUUCUGCCAAAGGCAAGAGCAGACAAACUAUACGGCAAGACCGAGGGCAGAGGAGGCCGAUGAGGUCAGAGCAGCAUUCAGGUCGAAAGAAGCAAAUGGAUGUACCCAGAAGUAAAGAAACGCACACUGGGUGCCUCAUCGAACAGCUGACGGAGGAGAAGUACGAGUGCAUGGUCUGCUGCGAGGUGAUCCGUGUCAUGGCACCAGUUUGGAGCUGUCUCAACUGCUAUCAUGUCUUCCAUCUCAACUGCAUCAAGAAGUGGGCCCGUUCACCGGCCUCGCAGGCAGACGAUGGAAAUGGAGGUUGGCGAUGUCCUGCCUGCCAGAACGUAGAGGCUCGUGUUCCGGUCUCCUACACCUGCUUCUGCGGCAAGUUCACGAACCCAGAGUGGCACCACGGUGAGAUCCCACACAGCUGCGGAGAGAUGUGUGGGAAGAAGAGGAGUGGGCUAGACUGCAACCACCCUUGCAACAUCUUAUGUCAUCCAGGACCCUGUCCACAGUGCCCUGCCUUUGUCAAUAAAGCCUGCCUCUGUGGAAAAACCAGUCAGACUGUGCGCUGCGGACAGCCGGCAUCCAUCUGCUGCAACCAGGUCUGUGGUGCUGAGCUAAACUGUGGGCAGCACACCUGUGAACAGGUGUGCCACAGCGGUGUCUGUCCACCCUGCCAGCUGCGCACCAAGCAAGUUUGCUACUGUGGGAUGGUUUCUCAGGAGGUGCUGUGUGGCACCAAUAAGGAGAACUUUGAUGGCUUUGGACACUUCUCCUGCGGAAAACCCUGUGGGAAACUGCUGGACUGUGGGAAUCAUGACUGCCAGCAGCCUUGCCACUCUGCGCCCUGUCAGUCCUGUCCCAGGUUGCCCCAGCUUGUGAGCAGUUGCCCCUGCGGUCAGACACCCCUGGCCAAGCUCUUGGAGCUUGGCGACGUUGAGAGGCGUAGCUGCACGGAUCCCAUCCCGUCUUGCGGAAAAACUUGCGGCAAGCCCCUCCCCUGCGGCUCCAGCGUCACCAUCCACGUGUGUGAGAACAUAUGCCAUGAGGGUAGCUGUGGACCCUGCUCACUCAUGUCAACUGCCAAAUGCAGAUGUGGCUUCAAAACUAAAGAGGUUCCCUGUGCCACAAUCCAAAAUGAAGGUGAGCUUGAGUUUACCUGCGACAAGCGCUGCAACAAGAAGCGGUCCUGCGGAAGACACAAGUGCACCGAAGUCUGCUGUGUGGAUAAGGAACAUCGGUGCGCCUUAAUCUGUGGCUAUAAGCUGAACUGUGGCCUCCACCGAUGCCAGGACCUCUGUCACCGUGGCAACUGCCAACCCUGUUGGCAAACCAGCUUCGACGAACUGACUUGCUACUGUGGGGAAACAGUCAUAUACCCCCCAAUCUCCUGUGGUACCAAUCCACCUGAGUGCAAGAACCUCUGCACCAGAACGCAUGACUGUGAUCACCCAGUUUUUCACAACUGUCACAGUGAAGAGAAAUGCCCCCCGUGUACCUAUCUAACCAAGAAAUGGUGUAUGGGUAACCAUGAGCAAAGGAGCAACAUUCCUUGUCACCUGUCGGACAUCUCCUGUGGUUUGCCCUGCAACAAGGCCCUUCCGUGUGGCAUGCACCAGUGCCAGCGGAUGUGCCACCGGGGCCCCUGUCUGGCCGAGAGCAGUUGCCAGCAGCCGUGUGCGGCGCCUCGUCCCGAGUGUGGCCACCCUUGUGGUGUUUCCUGUCAUCCUGGAUCCCCUUGCCCUCGCACACCCUGCAGUGCUAAGGUGGUUCUGCAUUGUGACUGUGGUCGCAGGAAGGAAACUGUUAUCUGUGCUGAAGCUGCCAGCUCCUACCAGAGAACGGCUGCCAUUGCUGUAGCUAGCAAGCUGUCAGACAUGCAGCUCGGUGACUCCGUGGACAUCGGACAGCUCAUCACCAAAAAGGAGAUGAAACAGGCCAGGCUGCAGUGUGACAAGGAAUGUGCAGCUCUGGAGAGAAACAGGAGGUUGGCCGAAGCACUGCAGAUUGACGAAUCAGCAGAUCCUUUCCACAUUCGUUCCUCCUCCAAGUAUAGUGACAGUCUUAAGGAAGAUGCCAGAAAAGAUCUCAAGUUUGUAAGUGAGGUAGAGGAGGAGAUGAAGAAUUUAGUUGAACUUGUAAACAAGGGCAAGCAACCAAAGCGAAGUCACUGUUUCCCACCCAUGAACAGAGAGCAUAGAAAGAUCAUCCAUGAUCUUGCCGAGGCCUAUGGUGUCGAGAGCGUCAGCUAUGAUAGUGAGCCCAAGCGCAACGUAGUUGUAACUGCUGUGAGAGGGAAAUCGGUGUGUCCCAACUCAACAUUGACAGCCUUAAUUGAGAGGGAGAUGACAGUGAGAGCUCCACCUCCUAUUGCCCAUUUAAGACAGCAAAUCAGCAAAGGGCAAAAUUCAUCUAGAGAGGAGCCUGUAAUUGACUACUUUGAUGUUCAGGAUUGAAUCCAGCCAGGAAUGUGGGACAUGGGGGAAAAACAGUGAGCCAGUGUAUCAAUGAAUUAACUGAAAUAAAGCAAAGAAUUUCACACUU